ACUAGGCCACUACGCGGCUAUACAUACCCGUGCCUCUCCGGGCUGUGCUUGCGUGACGAUCGUGUGUUGCUAUCCUUCAACGCAACCGCACAUCCCAUCCUUGCACUGCACUGCGCAGGCCGAUCGAUCAACUUGGUGACGUGCACCGAGGCAUCAGACAUGGCGCCACCUCCCACCCGCAGCGGCGGUGUGGCUUCUGCCGCGGUGGUGAUGGUCGUGCUCGCGGUCGCGGUUCUUGCGGCGGUGUUGGUGGCCGGAGAUGGCGGCUCGGGGGAGGGUGCAGCGGCGUGCGGGCGGCGCCCCGUGGUGUUCGCGUUCGGGGACUCCAACACGGACACGGGCGGCGCCGCGGCGGGGAUGGGGUACUACUUCCCGCUCCCCGAGGGCCGCGCCUUCUUCCGCCGCGCCACCGGCCGCCUCUCCGACGGCCGCCUCGUCAUCGACUACCUCUGUGAGAGCCUGAACAUGAGCUACCUCAGCCCGUACCUGGAGGCCCUGGGCUCCGACUUCACCGGCGGCGCCAACUUCGCCAUCUCCGGCGCCACCACCCUCCCCGCCAACGCCCCCUUCGCGCUCCACGUCCAGCUCCAGCAGUUCCUCCACUUCAAACAGCGAUCCCUCGACCUCAUCGCACGAGGCGAGAGAGGUCCGGUCGACGCCGAUGGGUUCCGGAACGCGCUCUACCUCAUCGACAUCGGGCAGAACGACCUGUCCGCCGCGUUUGGGAGCGGGGCGCCCUACGACGACAUCAUCCAUCAGAGGAUUCCGGCCGUGAUAUCAGAGAUAAAAGACGCUAUUAUGACUCUGUACUACAACGGCGCAAAGUACUUUUGGGUCCACGGCACCGGCCCUCUGGGCUGCCUGCCCCAGAAGCUCGCCGCGCCGAGAGCCGACGACAGCGACCUCGACCACAGCGGCUGCCUGAAACCCCUCAACGACGCCUCCUACGAGUUCAACAACCAGCUCCGCGCCGUCUGCGACCAGCUGAGCUCGCAGCUGCGAGGCGCCACGAUCGUCUGCACCGAUGUCCUGGCCAUCAAGUACGAGCUUAUCGCCAACCACACCGCCUACGGAUUCGAGGAGCCGCUGAUGGCGUGCUGCGGCUACGGCGGGCCGCCCUACAACUACAACGCCAACGUGAGCUGCCUCGGCCCGGGCUUCCGGGUGUGCGAGGACGGCGCCAAGUUCGUCAGCUGGGACGGCGUGCACUACACCGACGCCGCCAACGCCGUCGUCGCCGCCAAGAUCCUCUCGAGCGAGUUCUCCACGCCCAAGCUGCCCUUCGGUUACUUCUGCAAGGAAUGAUCGGUAUGCGCGUGCCGUGCACUAGAGCACCGAAGGAGCAAGCAAAUUGGGCGAUUGAGAUGGAAGAACUCUGUGUGUGUUCAGCGGUGCAUGUUUUCUUGCAGUUGCAAUCUAUCAUCAAAAAAUUUGAGAAUUAGUUUAUGUGCAAGAAAUAAUUCGUGGCUUCUGUCCAUAGGAUAUGCAAUUCGAAAUUCCAAGAAUGGGCGACAGACUA